CAAUCAUUCGUUGCCGAUCGGGCGCAGGACCUUUAGGUUGGCUCAACGCCCUGCCGUCACGGUUCUCCUCGAGAGGGCUGUGCAUACCUCCAUCCCCCGUUCCGACCUUACCAGGUAAUUACUGAAAACACCGAUCCGGGACGACCUGGCCUGAUGAACGGCACGCCUUGACGUGUUCUCACCUCGCGGUGUGGCCUCCGGGGCCCCUGAUGAGCUAGGGAACCUGGAAGCCCCAUGGACUAUGACUUGCCUCAUCUUACCGGCAGGUUGGGCCUAUCUGAGGUUCACCAGCUGCAAGAGGUACCCCAGAACCCAGGGCUCCGGCCAGGACCGUAUGCCAGGCUCCCAGCUUGCAGCCGCACAGUGCUCGAGCCGUCUGGGUUCGAGAAACUACAAACAAUCCGCGUACCGCUCUCAGGACCCGACUGAUGGCCUAGGAUCAACAGAUUCGGGCCGGCUUCAGCAGUCCCUUAAAAUCUCGAUGGCUGGUAUUGUACAACGUCAUCGAAUCAUUGCGUUCCAGCAGAGCUGCGUGGCAAGAGUGUUUCAGAAGGUGUUGCAGGGCAAUGUCCUUGCCUCCUUUGCCAGCGAGGGGACACAGACGGUAGAGUCGGCCCAAGUCCGCGAUUCUGAGUUGCCGCAGGCUUGCCGCCCUUCAAGUUGGCGGUGUGUGUCGGUGAUCGGAUCGACGACCUGGUAUUACAACCACAUCCAAGCUGCCAAACAUGGACCCAAACUCACGGUUGAACGGCGGCUGGCUAUCUUGGAACCCGCGUGGUCGUCUCUGCUGUUCAUCUUUUAAAGGAACUACUGGCCUCUGACAAGACACCUGGGACCCGAAC